GGAAGGAAGAGGCUCAGUCUAGCUCAGUUCUGCGUAGAUGUAAACUGGUUUCUUUUUAUCAGCUAACAAUAGACAGAGAAAAACACACUUCAUUGAUUUUUUUUAAAACGACCAUAUAUACCUACACAGAAUGGCCACUGAUUCAGGCUACGGCCAGCAUGGUGGCUCACAAAGCUACGGAUCAUAUACCGGUCAACAGAGUGGACAGAGUUAUGGACAAGGAAACGGCAGCGGCUCUUAUACGGGACAGAGCUACGGUAGUUAUGGUCAACCAGCUGCGACACAAGAUGGUUACAACCCUCCUCAGGCAGGCUACGGGCAGCAACCACAGAGCUAUGGAAGUUAUGGACAGGAGUCAUCUGGGUAUGGCGACAAGUCGACAACAUCGUCGUCGUCUACACCAUCAUAUGGACAAGGAUCAGGGUCCUAUGGGCAGCAAGGCUCCUAUGGCAGUCAAGGGCAGGGGUCCUAUGCUGCUCAGAGCCAAGGAGGAGACAGCUUUGGACAGCCGGGAUCUUACAGUAGCCAGGGAGCAGGAGCAGCAGCAGCAGCAGCAGGAGGAGGAGGAGGAGGUGGUGGCGGCACUGGCGGCAGUGGCGGCAGUGGCUACGGAAGAUGGAGUGAAGGUGAAAGUGGUGGUCAGCGUGGGAGGUUUGGAAGUGACCAAGGAGACCGUUCAGACGGAGGUGGCUACAGAGGCCGAGGCCGUGGUGGCUAUGACCGUGGCGGUUAUGACCGCAGUGGGGGAUAUGAGCGCAGUGGAUACGACCGUGGCGGAAGAGGUGGACCUCCUGGUAUGGGAGGUGGUGACCGUGGUGGCUUCAAAAAUUACGGUGGCUCUCGAGACUACAGCUCAAGGGAUGAACCAGCUGCUGGGGAGCAGGACAACUCUGACAACAACACCAUUUUUGUGCAGGGACUGGGAGAAGAUGUCACAGUUCAGGAAGUCGGUGACUUCUUCAAGCAAAUCGGCAUCAUCAAGGUGAACAAGAAAACCGGCCAGCUAAUGAUCAACAUCUACUCGGACAAAGUCACCGGUCGGCCGAAAGGAGAAUGUACAGUGUCAUUUGAUGACCCGCCAUCAGCCAAAGCUGCUAUUGAUUGGUUUGAUGGCAAGGAGUUCCAAGGCAAACCCCUCAAAGUAUCGUUUGCCACCCGCAGAGCCGAGUUCACACAGAGAGGAGGAGGAGGAGGAGGAGGAGGCGGCGGCGGCGGAGGAGGAGGAGGAGGAGGAGGAGGUGGUGGUGGAAGAGGUGGGAGAGGAGGUUUCAGGGGUCGUGGUGGUGGAGGACCCAGCUUUGACAUUAAGGGAGGAGACUGGCCCUGUCCCAACAGCUCUUGCGGCAACAUGAAUUUCGCACGACGACAGGAGUGUAACAAGUGUGGAGCCCCCAAACCAGGAGAUGGAGGAUUUGGAGGUGGAGAUCGUGGAGGCAGAGGAGGUUACGGAGGUGACAGAGGCGGCGGUGGCUUCCGAGGGCGUGGUGGAGGCUUCCGUGGAGGAGAUCGUGGUGGCUAUGGAGGCGGUGGCGGCGGUGGAUACGGAGGAGGAGGCUACAAAAUGGGAGGACGAGGUGACCGCAGAGACGACAGAAGAGAGCGACCAUACUAAUUGUUGAGACAGACGCCGUUCCAGCUUUUCGAGUUUGCCAGCGAGGGGAAGGGGCUCUGGGUUAGAGAAGGGGAUAGAUCAGACAUUGAGUUUGACUUACCCCCUUUUUUUUUAUAACUUUUUGCGUCCCUCCUCCUCCCCCCAUUACCUAUAUUACUCUUUCCAUCUGUGCGUGAGGGGCAGGAAUGAGUUGAGUGUUGGCAUGUUGUUUUUUUCUUUUUUUCUUCUAUGUUUGAUUUCUUUGUACAUCUUUUUAAUUUUCUCUGAGAAUUUAGGUGCAGAUGUUUUGUGAGUUAGAAUCAUUGUUUUGUAUGAACGGAAUAAAAUGUUGUACUGUUUUUUGUUUUGUUUUUUCUUCUCCACCCCCCCCCCCCCCCCAAAAAAAAAAUAAAAAUAAAAACUGA